AUGUGAUGUAAUACAUGUUCGUUAUUGAAUGAUAGCAAAGGGGAAGUUUCGUUUACUCCGUAGGCCAGAGGCGUGUCUGUCUAAUGAUAUAAGAAGGAACAGUCACCAGCACACACACCAACUCACAUUUCUGCUGUGCGGACUCGUUUCUCACCCUCCCUGUGCAGCUGAACACCAUAAUCAUGUGUCCAGGUUUCCUGAACCUUGCUUUACUCUUGUCUUUAUGUGUGUGUCUGGCAGUGGGCAUGGCUGUCUCAGAGGAGUUACUGCAGAUAAAGUCUGUCUCCGGUUCGGAUGUUAGGCUGCAGUGCACGGCUGUAUCCCAGCCCGGGGUCCAGUACAGGGCAGUGAGGUGGUACAAGGUCAGGGACCCGCCGUCUCCGUCUCGCCUCAGCGGCCUUUUGACCAGAGACCUCCCCGACGGCCCGACACGAUGGUACACCAGCGGGGACCAAGAGGCAGAGCUGAUGAAAGAAUCCAACGGCAUCUUCCUGCCCAACGUGACGUGCGAGGAAAGCGGCGUGUACGAGUGUCACCUGGCGGCGCCUGUGGGAGAACAAAACCGCGACGGCCGGGUACAACUCACUCUGACAGAUUGUCCAGACAUUUUCGGGGAAAUUGUGAUGACAGACACUUACAUGGUUAUCGUCGCCACAGCAGUGCUGGCGUUUGCACUGGUAGUAUUCAUAAUAAGCUAUGUUUGUUUGAGGAACACCAUCAAAGGUAAAAACAAGACAACAGUAAAAGAAACUUUAUUGGAUGCACCGCUCAAGCCACUUGAAAAGAAGGACUUAAUGUUGAUAUAUACAUUAGGUCCGAACUCAGGCAAAAUAAAGCACAUCUGUGUUUAAAGACGAAGAUUGUGCUGCAGAAAUUCCGGUAGAAGGAAUGGCUACACGACGACUGGGAGGAGAAAUCUGAAGCUUCUUUGCUAUCUAUCACUCAUCCUCAGAUGGCGCCAUUUUCUAAUUCAAUGUAUAAAAGAGGAGGAUAUGAAAAUCUAAUGAUUCCCCGACUUAAAACUCCAGCUGAGGAUGAGGAGCGAGUGCUAAUGAACUCUUCAGAAGCUAAACUAAAAGCGGGUCUUCCUCUCCCCGGACAGUCAGGCACAGCGGGGAAACGUGGAGCCGGACACCAACUGCUGUUCUGUAAAGGCAGAGCAGGCCGUCUGUGGCCGGAGGUUUCCCGGGUACAACAGGAUGGGCGAUCAUGCCCGGGGUCCUCCUGUCUAGGGUUAGGGUCAGGUCAAGUCAAGUCUGAGGAAGAUGAACUGCUGGGUCAACCUGUUUUUUCCCUUCUUUGUGCAAUGCAUACAGUUUCUCUUUUUAUACUGAGUUGUUGUAACUGCGCCCUCUGUGACCACAAGUAGCAAACACUGGAUGUUUAAAGUCCCCCUUCAGUCAGAAAUGAAAAGAUUCACUUUUAAUAGAUUCUUGAAUUUUUAACGAGGUAGGAGUAGAUGCCUUUUUUAUUGUGGAUAUUGUACUUUUAUCCAGAGAGACACACAUUAUUGUUCUUAGCAGAUUAUUUAUAUAUGUCGUAAUACAUUUGGAUGUGUCUGUAAUUUGAACGUAAUUUUUGUGAUUAUAUUAGUAUAUUUUUCUGAUGACAGUUUAAGUAUCAGUAACUCAAUUUAACUAAUAAUUUUAAGUGACACUAACUUAGUUUUGUAAGUUACAGAAAGCACUUUUUUACGAGGUAUUUCGUUUUCACAGCACAAAUAAAAAUUACAAAAUUAAGUCAGUCUCACUUAAAAUUUCUAAAACUACUUGAUCAACAAUGUUUUUUUUACCUUACAAAAUUUACAAGAAUUUCGAUGUAAUGUUUUUGAGUUAAAAUAAGUGAUCAGGUGUUUUUCAUCAUGUGUGGGUGGGGGUAAAUCCCACGCUGGGACACUUAGCUGCAGUGAGAACCGAGGCUGAGUGACCUUUUUAAAAACAAGAAGUGAAAAGCAUUACGCCUCUGCGUGGCGAUAUAACGCCUCGUCUGACCUUUUUUUUAUCACGGGAAAUCCCUUCAGAUCUGUCUCUUUAUAAUGUAGCACUUCUCUUUUAAAAGGCGUCCCACUAGAUACAUGUGACAUGUUUUUUCUCCCCCCCUUGUGGUACAACAAUGUUAAAAAUAACAGAUGUUUUAUGUCUGCAUUUAUGUAGUCAUCAAAUAAAUAGACAAAAUGACAUGAUGCAAAAAAUAUAGGAUGGUUUGUUUAGAUUUAAUGGUGUACAGAGGACCUACAGGAUAUCUGUGCUAAUUCAGUCAGUUGGAUAUAAGCAUUAUUGUUAAUUAUUGUUAUUAAUUGUUGUGACCAUGUUAUAUUAAUGGCUGCCGUACGCUGGUCUUUCAAUGUUUGGUUCAGUUUAUAUGUAGAGUUUUGUUUUCUAGGACGUUUGUAGCGAUGAAAAUGUGAAUAAUGUGAAGUAAAGAAUACCUGGAGGAGGACGCUGAGCAAAUUCAGGACAGAAAACAAUGACUGAAGCGUUUGUUUCUGAUAUAGUACGUUAAAUAAAGGUUGAAUUGUGAUGUUGAAAGCAUGUUGAAAUUGAUUGACAAUGGGACAUAGUGUUGUUUGAGGUGUUUUUUUCAUCUAUGAGGCAAUAAAAGAAGAGAAAUGGAUCUUGGAUCUGGCAUUAGUUUUGGAUUGAGAGGAGUAAGUUGAAGAGAAGGUACUGGAUACUAGAAUAUUAUCACAUGUCAGUGGUCAGGUGCAUUAAUGGUUUGGAUUUGUAGAAGUGCUGCCACUUUCAGUUUGAAAAACAAAAAGUAAAAAGAUUUUUUGGUGCAAACAAAGCUUUUCUUGUGGUAAAUGAUGAAAAAAAAACAUGUUUAUGAAAUACAGACUUUAAAUUACACUGCAAACUCAAAUUAGAGUUUAACAGCGAAACAUUUAAGAACUUUUCUCUUUGAGGGGCAGAAAAGUCUUCAAAAGGCUUGUGAUGAAGUUUAUGAUUAAAUUAUAACGAGUUAAAGACAUGUGUUUGUGGUUCUUAUGAAAGGAAGCCAUGCAGGCAGUAUUCGUGCUGCAGGGAAACUCCAUCUAUAUAUUUCUGAGUUGCUUUCUGAAAACUGAAAACGUAACAGAACUUUAAAAAGCAAUUCAUCAAUAAGGAAAGUGGAAGGAAGUUUCUUUAAAAAAGGAGAAAUUAUCUGUACAUAGCGCAGUAAUAAUGAGAAAAUGAGUUCCUCAAUUUAUUUUAUUUAAUUGUCUGUUUUGUCCAUUUCAUGUUUCCAGUAAGAAUUAAAGUUUGUGAAAAUGGGGUUUCAGUUUUAAGGAUUAUAACUUAAAGUGUUUUAAGCUGGUGUUUUUGUGACCUUGUGUUUUUAACAUGUCAUUGUACUUUAACAGCUCUGCUGCUGCUGCACUAAUGGUACACUGUAAUAUAUAUAAUAUUCCUAUUUCAUAAAACAUGUUAAGUCUGUAUGGAUUUAUCCCUCUUUCCAUCUUGUCUCUAUGUUGUUUGUAAGUCAGCUGAGCUGCAUCAUUACCAGCUGGAACAGGUUUGCUGACCUAUA